AUGAAAAUUACUACACUAGUCAUAAAAUUAAUCAUAAUUGUUAGCGUAACAAUUAUAACGUUUACAAUCGCUCAAUCAACAAAUAUACGUUGUUGUCAUGGUUCAACGAUAGCAAAUAAUAAACUUUAUAUUGGAGGCGGAAUUACAGGUCCUACUGAUAAUAAUAUUAGUUCGGAUGAUUUUUUUUCUUUAGAUUUAACCGUUCCAUUUUCUACGUCAUCACCAACUGAUAUGCCUUACGAAGAGCAUCCAAAUGUUCUCGUAAAGUCUAAUGGACAUGCACUUGUAUAUGCAGUAGGUAAAGAAGGUGAAAUGAUUUAUCUUUUUGGAGGCUUUCGAGGUGAUCCAAAAGGCGAGCUCAUAUACGGAUACUCCCUAAAGUUCAAACAGUGGAGUGAAGAAACACCAGAAACACCAAAUGGUAUGCCGGUUGGAACUACAUCCAAAAUUGUCGGAGUUACUGAUAGUAAUUUAAACACUAUUUUUAUAUUUGACAAUGGCACCAUGCAUAUUUUUGACGUAUUUCGAAAUAUUUUGUAUAUUUCUCCCGAUUUUGCGCCUUACAAAAUUCUUAAUUAUGCUGCCGUAACGCUAUAUACUGAUGAAAUUGCGUAUAUUGGUGGUAGUAAUGGCACAAACAACAUUCCAAUGAAUCAGAUCCUUGUAUAUAAUACAAAAAUAUCAACAUGGUAUACAAGAAAUGCCAAUGGUAGAAUUCCAUCACCGCGACAGGGACAUUCGGCAUCCAUAGCACCAGAUGGUCGAAUUUUUGUAUAUGGCGGUUUUGAUGGUAAUGACAAUGCGACUGCGUCCAAUGAAAGUGAUCCCAUAUUUGCAGUUCUUGAGUAUGUUAAUGGUGAACUUACUUGGUCCACUCCUCAGCUCUUUGGUCAAUUGUACCAAUUUAGGAUCUAUCAUACCUCACAUGUAUUUGAGAAUUAUUUGAUUAUUACAUUUGGUCAAAACCUAACGCAUAAUAGGAUAAAUACAAUUGAUAUUAUAGAUAUAAGUAAUAGAGACAUUUAUAAUGCUGUCAAAGACUUUGUACCACCAGGUUACGUACCACCGACGCCACAACAAUCUACUUCUAAUAAAAACAUUAUAAUAGCAUCAGCGCUUGGUUCUGUUGGAUUGUUGAUUAUUAUUGGAUGUACUUUCUUUUUGAUAAGACGUUAUUAUAGAAAUCGGAAUGUUAUUCCUACGCCUGGUGAAGAAAGAAUAUAA